AUGCGUUUAUCUAAAUUGUUUCGGAUGUUUAAGAAAGGUGGAGUUGAAGCUGAAUUUGUGGCUGGAGUUGAAGGUGGAGCUACCGCUGAAGUUGAAGGUAGAGCUAGAGAUGUAGCCGAACCUGGUGGUAAAACUGAACCUGGAGUUGAACCUACAGCUGAACCAGAGCAUCAAUCUGAACUUGAAGCCGAACCAGAGCCUGAGCCCGAGCCCGAGCCCGAACCGUUCCAAUUUUUUGAAAAAAUUCCUGUCGUGGUGGCUAGAAAACUAUUGACAUAUGUAAGUUUCUUCUCCGUCUUCUUCUUCUUUGAAAAAAUUAUAAAUUUUGAAUUUCUUUUCAGAUUCCUUACGAUGAUGUUCAAAAUCUGGGAGAUACUUGCAAAGUUUUGAGACAAUUUGUUGAUAGAAAUAAAAAUUGCUUGCAGAGAAGAAAUUAUUAUUUACACAUCAGACAAAAGGAUAAUAUUGUGAGUUUGAAAAAUUUCAAGAGAUUUUCAGCUGAAAACUUCUUUUUGGGGGUUUUCAAGUGUGAAAAAUAACAUGAAAUCAAUAAUUGCUCCAAUAUUUUGAAAAUAAUUUUUUUGACAAAAGGGUCCCCCCUUAUGAUUUUUUUUCAGAAGAAAAAUUGGUUUCAAAAAUUUCUAAAAUUUCUAGAGAUUUUCAGCUGAAAAUCUGGUUUUGGGGUUUUCAAGUGUGAAAAAUAACGUGAAAUUAAUUUUUUUUUCAUUAUCUGAAAAAUAAUUUUUUUGACAAUAGGGUCCCCCCUUAUGAUUUUUUUUUCAGAAAAAAAAUUGGUUUCAAAAAUUUCACGAGAUUUUCAGCUGAAAACUUGUUUUUGGUGUUUUCAAGUGUGAAAAAUAACGUAAAAUUUAUUAUUACUUCAUUGUCUGAAAAAUAAUUUUUUCUGACAAAAGGGUCCCCCCUUAUGAUUUUUCUAGAAAAAAAUUAAUUUCAAGAGAUUUUCAGCUGAAAACUUGUUUUUGGGGUUUUCAAGUGUGAAACAUAACCUAAAAUCAAUAAUUGCUUCAAUAUCUUGAAAAUAAUUUUUUUGACAAAAGGGUCCUCCCUUAUGAUUUUUUUUUCAGAAAAAAAUUGGUUUCAAAAAUUUCAAGAUAUUUUCAGCUGAAAACUUGUUUUUGGGGUUUUCAAGUGUGAAAAAUAACUUGAAAUCAAUAAUUGCUUCAAUAUUUUUAACAAUAUUUUUUUCUGACAAAAGGGUCCCCCCUUAUGAUUUUUUUUUUGAGAAAAAAAAUUGAUCUCAAAAAAUUUCAAGAGAUUUUCAGCUGAAAACUUGUUUUCGGAGUUUUUAAGUGUGAAAAAUAACAUGAAAUUGAUUUUUUUUCAUUAUCUGAAAAAUAAUUUUUUUUGACAAAAGGGUCCCCCCUUAUGAUUUUUUUUUCAGAAAAAAAUUAAUUUCAAAAAUUUCAAGAAAUUUUCAGCUGAACACUUGUUUUUGGGGUUUUCAAGUGUGAAAAAUAACGUAAAAUUUAUUAUUACGCCUUUUUCAACAUGAACUAAUUUCAGAUCGAGUUCAUAUAUCAGGUCCAAAAUCGUCACACAUUAAAAUUUGAAACAAUAAAGUUAGACAAACUCGAGGAACCAAUAAAAUUUGUCAGCGUGGAAGAUUUUCAAAAUCAGUUCAUAGAGCGAAUGAAUUCUAUUAAUCUGAAAAUCGCCGGAAUCUACUUUCGUCUUCAUAAAAUUACAGAUGAAAUUUUUGAAUUAAUUCAACGAAAAGCUGAAUUAAUUUUGGUUGAUGUUAGAUAUUUUGAAGUUCACUCAUUCAGUAGAAUUGACAAUGUAUAUUAUUUUAAAUCGCGGGGUCUUCUAGAAGAAGAGCAGCUCAGAAAGUUACUGGAAAUCAAUACAAGAAUAAGUAAUAUUCGAAUUCGUUGUGAUAUCAAUAGUGUUCCUCUCAUUGCAAAUUAUUUUAAGGUUGGUUUAAAAACUGACGGACUAUGAAAAAUUGAAAUUUCAGAAUGGAACACUCAAAAAAUUUGAACUGAAUAUCCCUUCAAAUGAAAAUGAAGAUUUUGAAGUUAGAAGGUGAGAAAAAUCAAUAUUUUUAAUCAAUAGAUUUUUCAAUUACAGUUCUUUGAUCAAGUCAUAUUUCGAAACGAUCAAUUUGGAGGUUAGAAAAAACAGAAAUGCCGUGGAGCCAGUUGCUCCGCCAGAAGUUGAGAGCAAUGCCAAUCAGUCACGAACUUCUGGAAUUUCUAGAUUACUGUCGUGUUUCAGGUGGUAUCGUAAACAUUAAUUUUUUAAAGAACAUACUGAAAUACCCUAACCUAAUGCAUAUUUAACUUUCUAAGCUUGUAAAAUUUGUGAUAUACUACAUUUUUUAAAUUUAAUGAACUUAACAUAUCAAAUUCCCAUUUUUUUUAAAAAUAAAUAUUUUGACUGCUUGAUAUUUUCAAAAAAUCAUAAGGGAAAAUAGAUUUUCUGAAUCCCCCAUAGGCCUUCUGAAUCCCCACAUAGGCCUUCUGAAUCCCCCAUAGGCCUUUUGAAUCCCUCAUAGGCUUUCUGAAUCCUCCCAUAGGCCUUCUGAAUCCCCCAUAGGCCUUCUGAAUCCCCCAUAGGCCUUCUGAAUCCCACAUAGGCCUUCUGAAUCCUCCAUAGGCCUUCUGAAUCCCCCAUAGCCCUUCUGAAUCCCCCAUAGCCCUUCUGAAUCCCCCAUAGCCCUUCUGAAUCCCCCAUAGGCCUUCUGAAUCCCCCAUAGCCCUUCUGAAUCCCCCAUAGGCCUUCUGAAUCCCCCAUAGGCCUUCUGAUUCCCCCCAUGGGCCUUCUGAAUCCUUCACAUAUCUUUCCUCUCUUCAUCCAAAAAAACAAAAUUCAAAUCGCCGCCGCUCUCUCCCGAUUUGAAUUGCCGCCGCUGCGGUCUUCCACUCGAGACCCAAGCCACGCCCACUCCCCUACAAAUUAUUUUUCUCUCUCCUAAAAUCACUUCAUUUUUUCAUUUUCGCUCAUUUUUUCUCAUUUUUGUUGGUUUUUUUUUGCUUCUUCUUCUGCUUUUCGUUGUUUCUUUUAUGAAUUUGUAAUUUAAUGAUUGUUUUGCAGCUCCGUGUUCGUCUUCACCGCCGUAUUUUGUGCUCCAAUUGUGAUUUGUGAUGCCACCAAAGAAGACAUCCGCCCCGCCAUCAAAGGAGUCCAAGGUUAGUUUAUUUUCUUUGGGGGUUAGGAAAAAUUGUAACAUGUCUUUGAACUUUUGUCAAAUGAUUUCGAAAUCAAACUUGUUGUUUGAGAAGCUUCAAAUGAGAGAAAAAAUCAGAAAUUUUUGAGAAAAAGUCAUUCAGUUUUAUACGAAAAUUCAAAUGUAUUUGCGCAAAAACCAGUGAAAAUUGUUUGAAUUCGAAUGUGUUUGACAAGAUUUCAUUGACAUGUGUAGAAAAUUGGCGGGGAAUUUAGAUAUUUUGAAUUCUCUGAACAAUUUUGAUUUUCGAAAUAUUUCGAAUAUUUUCGAAAUUAUUCGAAACUUUUCGAAAUGUUUCGAAAAUCACUAAUUUCAUUUUUGGGAAAUUGUGAGUCUUGAUUUUUCUCCAAAACAUGUUUUAGUGUUUAGAAAUGUCAUUCCAAGCUCUUUCAAUGAGUCUAAAAUACAAAUCACAACUUCAAAUUCAAGUUGUUGAUUUUCGAAACUUUUCGAAACUCUUCGAAUAUUUUCGAAAAUCAUCAUUUUCAUUUUUGGGGAGAUAUGAGUCUUGAUUUGUCUUUAAAACGUGUUUUAGUGUUUAGAAAUGUCAUUUCAAGAUCUUUCAUCAGUCUAAAAGACUAAUCAAGCUUUCGAAAUCAGAUUAUUGAUUUUCGAAACUUUUCGAAACUCUUCGAAAUGUUUCGAAAAUCACUAAUUUCGUUUUUUAGGAGAUGGGAGGCUUGAUUUGUUUUUUAGGCUGAUUAGAAGGUCUUGAAAUAGCAUUUCUGGACACUAAAAUGCGUUUUAGCUUUAAUUAAUUCAGUUGGGAAAGUGUUGAGAGAAUGGUAAAAAACUAAUAAAAAUACCGUUCGCGAGAAAGUGUCCCAAAAUUUUUGCAAAAGAAAUUGUGCAGUGUGAAAAAACAUAUAAAAAAUUCCACUGCGGAAGAGCACUCUGAGCACAAGAAAUUGAGCUCCAAAAUUUGAGACCAGUUUUAUUGUCUUCGAAAUUUCAGCCGCUUACAAAACAUCAAGCAAAGCGCAGCAGGUUAGCGGAUAGCUCCUUGAGGCAACGCUGUGGGGUUCGACCCCUGCUCCCUGCGACAUUUUUUUAUUUUUUUUCUUUUUUUCAAGAAAAUGACAACAACGCUUGUGUAUUCGUUUUCCACAUACUCAGUUCAUUUUGAACAACGCAAAGUGUGUUUUCGGUUGAUUUCCACUGUUUUUUGUGCAAUUUCGUUCCUCAAAUACUCAGUUUUCGAGCAACGUUUGUGUAUUGGUUUUCCUCAUUAUCGGUUCAUUUUUUCUUCCAAAAAGUAAGCUUUUCCUUACUUUUCCAGUUGAUUUUCACCGGUUUUCAUGCAUUUUCGUUCCUCAAAUACUCAGUUUUCGAUAUUCGCAACGCUUGUGUAUUGGUUUUCCUCAUUAUCGGUUCAUUUUUCUUCCAAAAAGUAAGCUUUUCCUUACUUUUCCAGUUGAUUUCCACCAGUUUUCAUGCAUUUUCGUUCCUCAAGUACUCAGUUUUCGAUAUUCGCAACCAGGCCUGUGCCGGAAAUUUUCCGAAUUUUCCGAAUUUCCGGAUUUUCCGGUUUUUUCACGGAAAAAUCAAUUUUCCGGUUUUCCGGAAAAUGUGCUUGGAAAAUCCGGAAAUGAUCUCUAGUAGUAAUAUUUUCAAAAUUGCCUAAAUUUUGGAAAAUUUUCUCAGUUUAUGAUAGAAAAAAUGAAAUUUUCGGAAAUUUUUUUUUUCAAUUUUUCAAAUUUUACUAUUUUUUGAACGUAACACGUCUCAAAUAGUUACUAAAUUACCUCUGAAUAGAAGAAUUGUAGAUAAAAAAUAAGUUUUAGUGCCAACUUAAGGCUGGAAAUCGAAAUUUCAGACUUUGAAAAAUUUUCCGAAUUUUCCGGAUUUCCGGUUCAAAAAAUCCGGAAAUUUUCCGACUUUCCGUUUUCCGGGUUUUGAUUUUCCGGCACAGGCCUGUUCGCAACGCUUGUGUAUUGGUUCUCCACAAACUCGGUUCAUUUUGACUACGAAUUGUGUGUUUCCGUCUGAUUUUCACCAAUUUUCAUGCACGUCAUUUUUCUAGUUUCUUGAUCGUUUUGUUAUUCGUUUUUUUCUUAUUUUCAUCACUUAAAAACCACAAUAUCAUUCAGAGAACUCAAUUAUUUGCAAUGUUGGUUCUGCGUUCAUAUCUUGUUAGAAGAAUUUCAACUCGCGUGAAUAUUACGCGAAAACCACAACAAGAUCCGAUUCUUGUUGCUUUAUGGGAACAUCGUAUUCACCGUUGGACAAUCUCGAAAAUUCGGAAUCGUUUCAUCAAGCGAAACGUCAAGAAAUCUCGUAAAUUUCUGAAGAAACGCAAGAAUCGCCGAAAUUCGUCGAAAUCGGAUUCAGAUUCAGAAUAUGAAACAGAAUCUGAUGAAGAUGGAACAAUAAUUUUGAGUUCCGAUACUGAAAGGAGCAGAUGUUCGAGCAGUUCGAGCAGCUCAAGCAGCUCCAGCUCGAGCUCAAGUUCCACGAGCUCGACAUCAACAAGCUCAAGCAGCGACAGCGACGAUAGUGUCAUCUUCUGGGGCGAGAAAGAGCCAGAAAUUAUCUGGCUCUAA